GAGUACAGUCCGGGAUGAGCACAGCUGACUCGAAGAGAAGGGUGAUUUGGUAAGUUUUAGUGGCGUUGGACUGGACUGGACUAUACCGGUACUGGUUAUACGCAUGUUAGGUAUACGCAGAAUUCUCUCUCCAAGCAGCCGAACAAGGUCAACUGAGGAACAGAGUUUGGAUGGGUGAAGGAAAGUUGGGAUAAAAGGAAACUCUAGUCCCUAGAUUGACCUAACCUCAAUCUUCAAAGUACUCGUACCCUACCGGUACCGUAUUCUGGGUUACGGACAAACAAACCCUUUUCUCCCUAUCCUCCUCCAUCUCCUUCUUUUCCUCCCACCGUUGUUUUAAGCCCUUGCCGCGACGGCUGUAUGUGACCCCACCGUGGUUCGCGGUAGGGUGCAAGGCGUGAUACAGUACAGUCGCACCUCGCCACCCCGGACAGCCAAAAUCCUCAGAAUUUGUCCGGUACAGCGAGGGAUCCGGGACAGCGGGUGAGGUUUUGGUGGAAAGAAAUUCAGAGUUCACCGAUAAAUAUAUAUAUUCGCUGCUAACAAACAACAGGAAGCAUUCACCGAGAUUCAUACGGGACAGCGUGGUAUCCGGAUUAUCGAGAUCCAGGAUAGCGGGGUGUGACUGUACUCGAGUAGAGUCUAAUCGAAUUUAUCAAUCUGACCCUAUCAUCCAUAUCAACCAGUUAUCAGCCCCUCCUCACCUACCCGCUCCGCUUGUUACUCAAACAACCCCUUUCCCUCUCAUACAUCAUCCCACGCAUACAUACGCCUUCCUCCGUCCGAUCUUCUCUUAACGGAAAGAAAAGGAACCGCAAAAAAAAAAAAGAAAGGAAGAAGGGAAAGGGAAAAAGAAAAAAUAACAAUAAUCAUUGAAGAUCACACUAUGGAUCUCGUCAAUCAGUUGGCUUCCCUCCACCCUUUUCCACCAGAUGACCUCAACUGCUAACAUUUCAACCCCCAAUCACUCAGCCUCAAUAACCGCCUUCUCUUUGCCGUUCCCAAGAGUUCCCCCCCCUCUUUCUUCUUUCCCGCUGAUGAGUAACUUACGACCCCACUACAGAAGGCCGCCUCCACGAGAAAUGCCUCGACCUGCUUCACGGCGCCGAUAUCCAAUUCCACCGCCACAACCGUCUAGACAUAGCCCUAUGCAUCAACCAACCCAUAGCGCUCGUCUUCCUCCCAGCAGCCGACAUCCCCGUCUUCGUCGGCGAGGGCCGUGUGGACCUAGGCAUAACCGGGCAAGACCAGGUUGCGGAGUCGCAAGCGGACGUGAAGGAACUGAUGGAAUUGGACUUCGGGAAGUGCAAGCUGCAAGUGCAGGUCCCGGAGAAGGGCCCGAUCCAGGAGCCCAGGGAACUGAUCGGGAAGAACAUCGUCACGAGCUUCACGCUGCUGGCGAGUGAGUAUUUCGUCAGGGUGGAGGAGCAGGAGGGAGAUGAGAUUGGGAGUGAUGCGGGGGAGAGGGAGAAGAAGGAAAACGGAGAGUUAAACUUGAACGCUCUGAAGACGAUCCCCAGAGCGGUUUCCAGGACUGGAGAGGUGGACGGUAUAGUUACUAGGAUAAAGUAUGUUGGUGGAAGUGUCGAGGCUGCCUGCGCUCUCGGGGUCGCCGAUGGGAUCGUCGACUUAGUCGGUACUUAGCUCCCCCUCCAGGUACCGCAAUCAACUAACUAACGAUGUCUGAAAAAUCAGAAUCCGGUGAGACCAUGAGAGCUGCCGGCCUAAAGCCCAUCGCCACAAUCCUGACCACAGGUGCCGUCCUGAUAACAUCCAAACAUCCCUCCAACCCUGCCCUCGUGAAGACCAUCGAGUCGCGCAUCCGGGGCGUCAUCGUUGCCAAAAAGUACGUGCUGUGCACCUACAACAUCUCACGCGACAAACUACCCGCCGCAACGAAGGUCACUCCGGGCAAGCGCGCGCCCAGCAUCAUGCAGUUGGAGGAGGCUGGCUGGGUCUCCGUCUCGGCCAUGGUGGAGAAGAGCAGUAUCGCUACGGUCAUGGAUAGGCUCGAGGAAAUUGGCGCUGAGGAUAUCCUCGUAUUGCAGAUUUCGAAUUCGAGGUCUUCCGGGAGUGUCUGAGAUCGAAAGGGAAAAAAAUGAAGAUGGAAAAUGAAAGAAUACUCCCUCUCCCCCAUUCCUCCCUCUUCCAUUGGCUUCCGGACUCUUUCUGGUUCAAAAAUUGGUACCAAGCAUAUAAAUUAGACUUUUCCCCGUCCCCUUCUCCUGCAAUCAUGACCAUUCAAACCUCCC